GGGGGGGGGGGCGGCCGGCGGCGGCGGGGCCUGGCGGGCGGGGCGGAGCGGAGCUGCCCGCCGCGAUGGAGCCCGACUCGGUGAUCGAGGACAAGACCAUCGAGCUGAUGACAAGUCUGAGAAGGAAAACCCAUUCGAAUCCCCUUUCAUUCUGGAUUGGUGGAUCUGAAGCCCAGAAACAAAGUUUCAGCAUUCAUUUUGUUGUAGCAAACACGUACUUUGAUCUUCAGGAGCAGAGUGGGACUGCGUUAUCGAUCAGCCUUCUGUGAAUUCAUUGUCCUAUCUAGAAGAGCGGUGUGUGUUCUGUGCCAAGGUCUUUGUGGCUAGGCUGCUCCAACCUGGUAGAGAGCAUGUGCGCACUGAGAUGCCUGCAGAGCAUGCCCAGUGUCAGAUGUCUCCAGAACACGUCAGUAAUGGAGGAUCAGAAUGAAGAUGAGUCUCCAAAGAAAAAUACCCUAUGGCAGAUAAGUAAUGGAACUUCAUCUGUGAUUGUCUCAAGAAAAAGACCAUCAGAAGGAAACUACGAAAAGGAAAAAGACUUGUGUAUUAAAUAUUUUGACCAGUGGUCUGAAUCAGAUCAAGUUGAAUUUGUGGAACACCUUAUUUCACGAAUGUGUCACUAUCAGCAUGGACAUAUUAACUCUUACUUGAAGCCCAUGUUACAACGGGACUUCAUCACUGCGUUACCAGAGCAAGGCUUAGAUCACAUAGCAGAAAACAUCCUUUCCUAUCUUGAUGCCAGAUCACUCUGUGCGGCAGAGCUGGUAUGUAAGGAAUGGCAGAGAGUCAUCUCUGAGGGAAUGCUAUGGAAAAAAUUGAUUGAAAGAAUGGUACGCACAGAUCCGCUAUGGAAGGGACUGUCAGAAAGAAGGGGUUGGGAUCAGUACCUGUUUAAAAACAGACCAACAGAUGGCCCCCCAAAUUCAUUUUACAGGUCCUUAUACCCAAAGAUAAUACAGGAUAUAGAGACUAUAGAAUCAAACUGGCGAUGUGGGCGACACAAUUUGCAAAGGAUUCAGUGCCGCUCUGAAAACAGCAAAGGUGUCUACUGUUUACAGUAUGAUGAUGAAAAGAUUAUCAGUGGCCUACGAGAUAACUCCAUUAAGAUUUGGGACAAAACAAGCUUGGAAUGUUUGAAAGUAUUAACGGGACAUACUGGCUCGGUUCUUUGUCUGCAGUAUGAUGAAAGAGUCAUUGUAACUGGAUCUUCAGAUUCUACAGUGAGAGUUUGGGAUGUAAAUACAGGUGAAGUUCUGAACACCUUGAUUCAUCACAACGAGGCAGUGCUUCAUUUGAGGUUCAGUAAUGGUUUAAUGGUGACGUGCUCGAAGGACAGAUCAAUUGCCGUUUGGGAUAUGGCAUCACCUACUGACAUCACCCUGCGUCGUGUCUUAGUUGGCCAUCGUGCUGCCGUUAACGUGGUAGACUUCGAUGACAAGUAUAUUGUGUCAGCAUCAGGUGACAGGACCAUUAAAGUCUGGAGUACAAGUACAUGCGAGUUUGUUCGUACUCUGAAUGGGCACAAGCGGGGCAUUGCAUGCCUCCAGUACAGGGAUCGACUAGUUGUCAGUGGAUCUUCAGACAAUACCAUUAGGCUAUGGGACAUCGAAUGCGGUGCCUGUUUAAGAGUAUUAGAAGGCCACGAAGAACUGGUGCGAUGCAUCAGGUUCGAUAAUAAGAGGAUUGUUAGUGGAGCCUACGAUGGCAAAAUUAAAGUUUGGGACUUGCAAGCUGCUCUUGACCCUCGUGCCCCAGCAAGUACAUUAUGCUUGCGUACGUUAGUGGAACAUUCAGGACGUGUCUUUAGACUCCAGUUUGAUGAAUUUCAGAUCAUUAGUAGUUCCCAUGACGAUACAAUUCUGAUUUGGGAUUUCUUAAACGUGCCACCCAGUGCCCAGAAUGAGACCCGCUCUCCAUCUAGAACAUACACUUACAUCUCCAGAUAACAGUCUGCACUUUACUACCCUCAGAAGGGUUUCACAGUCUUGAACUACUGGAUAUUUGGCUACUACAUGCCUGAAGAUGUUGAUUGACAACUAAAGUCAGAAUUGGUUCUAGAUGCUGUGUAGAUGCAAAGCAGCACAAUUCUAUAUCUAAAUUUCUUAAUCUUUCCUGCUCUCAGUGGUCGGUCGUCUUUGAAUUUACUGCAGAUUCACUGACUUCGAGUAGAUGAAUUUCAGAAGCCUAUCCUUCCCUGCAAUGAGAAAUCCAAAGCUUCACAUGUAAAUUGUCCGUAGAAACUGAACUCUGAUGGCUUGUUUUUCAGAAAUAAAAAGUCAAGAAAGGACUUGGCCUAAUUUAUAUUGCUUUGCACUUUUGUCUGACUUUAAAGAAAAAAACAUUCUCCGAUGAAAUUUGGGUGCCAAACACAUACCCAGAAUGUACAGAGCUUUGCUUUCAAAGUCACCAUUGUCCUUUAGACUUUACUCUCAUGACAGAUUCAGAGCCUGUUUUGUUUGAUAGGAGUGUAUGUUGGACUCUUAGAAAUGUUUCUGAAUCGCUCAGUAAUGUUUUUGGAUUACAGUUUACUUGUUUCUGCACCAAUAAUUUCUUUUAAAUUAAAGAUUACCUGUAAUUCAGGCUAGGUUACCUAAACUAGUGUAUAGCACUGUCUUUUCCUUUUAACUGUGCUCUGUACUACAGCCGUCCUACGCUUCCUAAUGUUUGGUAUAGUAAAACCUUUCCACGUGUGCUUGCCUCAUUUCAAAUACUGUAUAAGCAUGUAGAUAUAAUGUACAUAGCAGCGUAACCUCCGGGUGCUAGGAGUCAGGAUUUCCUGACACUACACACUAAUACAAAAUGUGGUAGCACUUGGCAGCAGGAUGUUCUAACUACUGGCACUGUAGGGGUUAAUAUGAGUUACUUAGACGUUUUCUCUGCAAAAGGAGGUUUUCAGUAUUCAUUAGGAUUUUUUUAAUGGGAACUACAUAUUUUAAAAUGUAAUUUCUAAACUUUUUAAAAAUUAAAAAGUGUUUAAUUUAUGUUCUGUAUCUUAUAUUUUUGUGCCGCAGUAUUUACAGAUGUCUUUCUUUUAGCACCAGUAGGUCCUCGCGAACGCCUGCUGAUGUCCUCCUUUAGCAUUAGUUUGCCUGCUCAAUGGAGAAGCUGCCAUGGGCCAAAGUUAAAUUUAUUUAUGUUUGAUUUGUAACACUUCCUUACGGUGGAGGGGAGGUCCCCUCAAGUCAGUGCUCUGGUUACCAUGCUGAUUGAUUACCGCGCUCGUUUCCCUUUCCGUAGCUUUCCGCCAUGACCACCUUGCGAUGUCCUGGCCAUGGUUCCUCUUCAUUAACAUGUCCUCAUUAGGAACUCUCAGCAGUUUCUUCGUCCGCUGUCACAGUCUCCUGUCUAAUUUAUGUGAUCAUAACAAACGCUCCUGCAUUUUUCUUACGUCCCAGUAAGACACGGAUAAAUGCAAACGUGAAUAUUUUAUCUGCGUUAGCCAUGUGUGACUACGCCUGUCGGUGGCUUUUCUUUAAUGCUUCAGUCUCGCUGAGCGUGAAAUCUGCCUGUUUUCCUGGGGAAGACGCGUGCUGGCGCAGCAAUGUAUUGUCAUUCCUUUGAUCGUUUGUACGUCGUGUGUGUGGGUUUUUUUGUUUUGUUUUGGUUUUUUUUUUUUUUUUUGUUUUGUUUUUUUUGUUUGUCCUCUGGCAGCACUUCCUCGGGUUUGCAUUUUCCCCUUUUACAACCAGAAAAGCUGGGGGAUGGCCGAUUGCCGAGGGAUCGGGGCAGCCGUGCCUGGGCGCAUCGUUUCUGUGUCAAGUGAAUUCAGAGAAAAGGCGUUCGUCGGGGCGCUACCAGACCGUCACAGAAGUGUGACUUCAGGUUUUCUCCUCUUCACCCUUCACACUGAGAGAGGUGUUGGGAUCAGUGUUUAAGUUAAACUCCCAUUUACGUGUUACUACAACAAUAUUUAUUUCAUCGAGAUGACCGAAUGUGGUGAAGUACAGAAGAUUAAAACCACGCUCCUAAGCGUCCAUAAGAUCACUUUUUGGUAAGCUUGACAGUAGUUCGUGAAAGUGUCUUACUUUACCCUUCUCAUCUAAUAGCUUUAAUAUUAAACUGUUUAAAAAGAAAAAUCUCUCGCAGCCCUGAAGAAAAAAGGUAUUUGUUUCCGAAGAAUGGAGUCCUUUUUUUUAAAAAAAUGCAUGUGUAAGAUUUAAAUUCAUGUUUUUUCCUUGGGAGAUAAUGGUAUUUGAACAUGCAGUCUAAACUUCUUUGUGCUUUGUGUAACAUAGCAGUGGACUUUUGUGAUUGGCACCCAAGGAACUUGACUCCUGGGAUUAAUGGUAGUGAUCCUGGCUGCGCUCUGGACUUUGUUUGCUAACCAUAAUUGAGCAACUGUACAUUACUGCUACAUUAAUGUUUCAAAGCACUGGGAUAGUCUAAUUCUAACUUGUAAUUAUGUUUGCCAAUUAUCUGUUUGGAAAGUUGAUGUAUGAACAGCUUCUUGAAACUGUUAAAUUGUACAGAUAUCGUUCAUGAUCUAAAGCUUUGUACUGUGGAAUGUGCUUAAUAAAAAAAAAAAAAUUUGAA